CCGGCUAGUGACCAAACUGAUCAAGCAAUAAGCGACAAUUCUCAUACGAACCUUAACGAUACGGUCCUGAGUACCUAUAUAAAUCAAUCGAAAUAUGAAAUUUUAUCGUUAGAAAGUUCGUUAUUAAAGAAAGUAAUAUUUGUGUUGUGCUGAAGUAUAUAUAAUAAUAUAAAGAAUACAAAAAUAUUAGUAAGAAAAGAUAGAUAUAAAUGUUACAUUAUACUUAAAAAUUGUAUAAUCAAGUACAAGAAGUUAAUUCUAAGUAAGACAAUCAACAGACACACAAAACGAAUACAGAAAAAAUGCAGAAAGCACACAGAGUAAGAAGAGAAAUAGCUCGUUUAAUGGUAAAGCCACCAGAAGGAGUAUCUUGUUAUGCAAAAGAAGAUUCAACGGAAUAUAUAUUAGUUACUAUCAUUGGUCCUGCUGGAUGUGCAUAUGAAGCCGGUGUUUUUGAAUUAGAUGUCGAAUUACCAGAACGAUAUCCUUUUGAACCACCACAUGUGAAAUUUCGUACACCAAUUUAUCAUCCAAAUAUCGAUAAUAAUGGUCGUAUAUGCUUAGAUCUAUUAAGAAUGCCACCUAAAGGUGGUUGGAAACCAACUAUAAGUCUAGAAAAUCUUUUAACUGCUAUUCGAUCGUUACUUGUACACCCAAAUAUUAAUGAUCCACUUAUGACAGAAAUUGCAGACGAAUAUCGUUAUAACAGAUUUGAAUUUGAGUAUAAAGCUCGUAACUUUCAAGGUGAAUCCAAAAGGAAAAGAGAUAUAAAUUCAAUAAAUGUCUACUAAUCCAUUAAUAGAAUUAAUAAAAUACUCUGGAUUUAUUUUUAUAUUUUUAUAUGUAUGUAAAAUUGUAUGUUCCUCCCUCCUCUCCAAUUAAAUAUUG